GAUCCGCCGGACCCUCCCCGCCUCCUCGCGCCGCCCGUCCCCCGCCCCGCUCCGAUGGCCCGCACGAAGCAGACGGCGCGCAAGUCGACCGGCGGCAAGGCUCCGAGGAAGCAGCUGGCCACCAAGGCCGCCCGCAAGUCGGCGCCGGCCACCGGCGGCGUGAAGAAGCCCCACCGCUUCCGCCCCGGCACCGUCGCGCUCCGCGAGAUCCGCAAGUACCAGAAGAGCACGGAGCUUCUCAUCCGCAAGCUCCCCUUCCAGCGGCUGGUGCGGGAGAUCGCGCAGGACUUCAAGACGGAUCUCCGGUUCCAGUCGUCCGCCGUGGCGGCGCUGCAGGAGGCCGCGGAGGCGUACCUGGUGGGGCUCUUCGAGGACACCAACCUGUGCGCCAUCCACGCCAAGAGGGUCACCAUCAUGCCCAAGGACAUCCAGCUUGCGCGCCGCAUCAGGGGCGAGAGGGCGUGAUCGCCUCUGCUGCUGCAUGGUCGUCACAGCGCUAGAACUAGAUGGGGGGAUUUUGUUUCUUGCCGUGCUGUCUUGUAGUAAUGUUCUGGAUGGGUUGGCCGCACUGCAAUGGGACGUGAUUGCUAGUUUCUGAAAA